AUGUCGACCACCCAGCAAACCUUGCCUGAGGCCCCCGUCCUCUCAGAGCCUCCCUCUGAAUCCCAGCCUUACAAUUACACGUACCUGACAAGUGAGACCUGUGACUCAUGGCAAACAGGCGGCCGAGAAGACAUAUUGCGACAAGGCCUCCAGGGAAUGCAAGAAGCAGAGGGGAUACAGCUGAUCGUAUUAAUGCAGGAGUUGGUGCAUUCUGUCGUCUAUGGAAGACUCGGUCCGACCGAAGCAGGCGACCUCGUCAAACAAAUGCUCGAGAGCGAAUUACAGGAAGACGACGACCAGCCGAUACCACAUCCUACAGCUCUACAGGCUUCGCUCCUAGAUUCUGUGUCCGUUAUGUUCGAGAAUAACCCUACGAUCCCUUUAGACCGGUUAACAGUCUUCAUCUUCGCGACUGGCAUACCUCAUGAGCUACUUCGACACGAAAUCGAUGCCCCGUUGCUGGAGAAGUUUAACAUGAUCAGAAACACCUUCAGCCGUAUGGGCAUCAGGAAACAGACAAACCUCCUCUAUCGCCAGGCCAACUUCAACUUGAUGCGGGAAGAGUCCGAAGGAUUUGCUAAGCUGAUGACCGAGCUGUUCACCACCAGCAGUAACGAGGCACCCACUGCAGACACAGUCGAAGAGACAGUAGAGAAGGUCAAGGCUAUGAUCGGUGCCUUUGACCUUGAUGUGGGACGGAGUUUGGAUGUUGUGCUCGACGUCUUUAGCGCAGUUCUUGUCAAACAAUGUCGGUUCUUCGUUAAAUUCCUCCGCGCGAGUCCAUGGUGGCCACGCCCAUCCGCGCUGGUCAGGAAGACACAGCUCCUGACAGGGUUGCCUUUAUGGGCUCUUCCAGGCUCGCCAGACUGGCACCUCACCGAGGAGCAGAAGCAGCUUGUGGCACAAGAGACCAGAACACGAGACCAGGCUUUCUGGUAUGACGCUCGAGAGAAGGGGCUUCACGCAUUCUAUCUGCUUGGAGGCUCAAAACCGACGCAAGAGCAUUUAGAACGGGCAUCGUCAGGAGACGAGCUGCUCGCGCAGUGGGUUCGCGAAACUGGCACCUUGCCGCCACCCGGAAACCGCGAUGCUGCUCAGCUUCUGGGUUUCAAACUGCGCUUUUACUCAUCCUCCCCCGCGCGAGACGAGACGGACAUCCUCCCGGACAACCUCAUCUAUCUCUCCGCCCUUCUGAUCAAGAUUGGAUUUAUCUCCUUGAAAGACCUAUACCCGCACAUUUGGAGGACUGAUGACGCCAUGGAUGAGCUCAAGCAGCAGAAGGUUAAAGAGAAGUCCGAACGAGAAAGAGCCGCUCGACCGGGUGCUGGAGUAAAGAAUGCGCUUGCUUCGGCUGGAGCCCUGGCUGACGACACUCUACCCGUCCCAGCCCGUCUGAAAGAAUCUGGUACACGCUCAAAUACGCCGGUCCGGGAGCAAGAAGUCGAGAAGCCACCUGCGAAGGAGAGUGCGCCAGCGGACCAGAAGGUUCUCCUGCUAAAGAGCCUGCUCGCCGUAGGCGCGCUUCCAGAGGCACUAUUCAUUCUUGGUCGCUUUCCCUGGUUGAUGGAUCUCAUCCCUGAACUCCCGGAAUAUAUUCAUCGCAUAUUACAUCAUUCGUUGAGCAGAGCUUACGGCGAGAUCCAACCUCUGCAAGAUCGACCCAGUCUGCGCGCUCAGAAGCCGAGCUACGAAACCGAUGUACCCGGAGUCCCAAAAGGCCAAGUCAAGAUUGUAGAAGCAAUCGAAAGAAAGGUCCUCCGAUGGGCUCAAUUGGACAAGAAUGAUUCCCUCGACGGCACCGACUACCGCUUCUAUUGGGACGAAUGGAACGACAACAUCCCUGUCUGCCAGAAUGUUGAAGAUGUUUUCACGUUGUGUAACAUCUUCCUGCCGCUUGUGGGCGUCAAGAUCGGUCAAGACGUCGGCCUCCUGCUCAAGAUUUCCCGCAUCGGGAAACAUAGCUUGCACACCGACAAGAGCGAGUCGAACCGAACGCGAUGGUUAGACUUGAUCAAGCGCACCUUGCUCCCCUCAUUGAGCCUAACAAGGUCGAAUGCCGAUGCAGUCAACGAAGUCUUCGAGCUGAUCAGUAUAUUCCCUGUCAGCGUCCGCUACUUGAUGUAUCUCGAAUGGUCAUCCGGCCGGACAUCGCGCAAUCCAGAUGUCAAGGCAGCAUUCGAUCAAGCCAGGGCUGAGACCAAGGACAUCCUGAAGCGCAUAUCCAAUACUAAUGUACGACCCAUGGCACGGGCCCUGGCAAAGAUUGCUUUUGCGAAUCCGCACAUCGUCAUAACCACUGCGCUCACUCAGAUCGAAGUCUACGACAGCAUCGCCGAGGUGUUCGUCGAGGGUGCUCGCUACUUCACGGAUCUGGGUUAUGAUGUCCUUACUUGGGCCAUUGUCAGCUCAAUGGCGAAAACCGGACGGAACCGAACCCAAGAAGGCGGCAUCUUCGCCAGCCGUUGGCUCUCGGCCCUUUCUGUAUUCGCCGGCAAGAUCUAUAAACGCUACGGCAUGAUGAAGCCUGGUCCAAUCUUGCAGUAUGUGGCCGAGCAGCUUGAGCAGGGUAACACUAUGGACCUCAAGAUGUUGGAGCAAAUCAUACUUUCCAUGGCCGGAAUUGCCACCGACACGAGUUAUAACGAUGCUCAGUUACAAGCAAUGGGAGGUGGGCCGUUGUUGCAAGGCCAGAUCAUCCUCCAACUCCUUGAUCGCCGGCACGACUCAAAGAGAACUUCAGAGCGCUUGAUCAAGUCACUCCAAGACGCGGGCUUGGCCGCAAAAUUCUUGAUCUCCAUGGCUCAACAGCGGCAGGCUGUGGUUUUCAAGGAUAGUGAAAUCCCCCUGAAAGCGAUCGGCAACACAUAUGACGAGGUACACCGCGUGAUGGUCCAGUAUCUUGAUCUCCUCCGCACGAAUCUGUCUCCUGAUGAGUUUCGAGCCACUAUCCCCGAUGUGGUCAGUCUCCUCGUAGACUACGAGAUACGCCCGGAAAUUGCCUUCUGGAUCGCCCGUCCGCUCAUCUCUCGACAAAUGCAGGACUAUGACAGAGAAAAUCGCAAAGAACAGCAAGCAGAGGAGGUCAAGGACAUCAACGGUGACGUUGACAUGUCAGAUCAGAUCAACGGUGGUUCAGAAGAGGAUGGUGAAGCCGUGGAGUCGGAGAACAUCACGAAUGACUCGCCAGCUCCAGGCGACACGAUGGGCCCGGCGCUUGACCUCGACGCCAGCACCAAGGCACUCGGGACAUCAGAAUCAAUAUCGGAAGAUUGCUGGCAUCCUGUGAUGAAAGAUCUGAUGACAGCCAUCGAGCCAUCUUUGCCUGAACAAGUCAACAAAAUCAUCGGCACCGGCUUUUACUCGACCUUUUGGCAGCUGUCCUUGUACGAUAUUGCCGUUCCUAGCAAGUCGUACGAGGAUGAGAGUGCCCGACAGCGCAAGAAGAUGGCUGCCGUCACAGCAGAUCGGACGGAUGUCAGCGUUUCCGGCACCAAGAAGAAGGAAAUGGCGACCAGGGAGAUUCAAGACCUCAUCGACAAACUACUGCUGGAAAACAAGCAACAUCUGAAAUCCUUCCUGGAGGGUAAAGCGAGACUACAGCGUGAAAAAGAGCAGUGGUUCCUAGGCAAGACUAGGAUGGACAGAGCCCUAAAUACGGCCCUGAUGGAGCAUUGCUUUCUUCCAAGAAUGCUAUCCUCUCCACUCGACGCCUAUUUCUGCUUCAAAUUUCUCAAACUCCUCCACAGCGGAGGCACACCAAACUUCCGAACCCUUGGUUUUUACGACCUCUUCUUCAAGACAGCCCGACUUAUCUCAUUGAUCUUCAUGUGCACGUCCAAGGAGGCCGACAAUUUUGGAAAGUUUUUGAGCGAGGUAUUGAAAGAUCUUGCGCGAUGGCAUGGUUCUAAAACAAUAUACGAGAGGGAAGCUUGCGGAGGCUCGAAGAGAAAUCUGCCUGGAUUUGCUCUUAAAGUCGAAGCAGGGAGAGUCGUUGCAUUGCUAGACUUCGAGAGCUUCCAGAAAAUCCUGUUUAAGUGGCACAGCAAUCUGUAUGCGGCACUUCAGAAAUGUCUGGGAUCGCCGGAAUACAUGCACGUUCGGAACGCCAUAUCGGUGUUGCGCGCCAUUUCUGGGGUCUAUCCUGCCGUCAAUUGGCAUGGGACCGGGUUGCAGAAGGCUGUUGACAAGCUGCGUGAUUCUGAUAAAGAAGACCUCAAGGUCUCGUCUCAAGCCUUACUUGGAGCCUUGCAUAGGCGCGAGAAAGCGUGGGUCGAGACUACGAAGUUUCGCAGAGGACCCGAAAAGAAAGGAGAGCACGAUCCAGCAAGCUCCCAAGCUGGCAGUGCUCCGGCGCAGGAUGCCUCUUUCUCAGACACAAAGCCAACGAUGCAGCAAGGAAACGGGGAAAUCAAGGACGAACCAAUGCCGGAUGCACCGCCCAAGCCAGCAGCUACGCUUGACACUGACAAGAAGGAGAGCGGGGAGUCGUCUAGGACUACACGGCUCCAACCUACCGCUGAGCCCUUCGUGCCAUCUCCCAGACCAGCAUCCAGGCCAGCGACUACCAAUGGCGCUUCGACACCGUCAAGACAGAGCAAUGAGGCUUCUGCAGGUCCUAAGCGAGAACCCCGACCUGCUCGUCCCGAGCCUUCUAAGCCUCACGAUCUGCCACGGCGCCUUACUCCGCCGCCUCCAUCGCGUUCGGCCGUGUCCAGCCUGCCGAGCCGUCCCGAACCAGUGGAUUCUCGGAAUGGUCACAGAGAUAGUCCACGGCUGUCACAUCGAGCAGAAAUCGAUGUUGCCAGACCGCCGCCCGAUGGUCGGACGAACCACACCCGUGACGCAAGAUCAGGUUACCGUGGUGCAGAGCGACCGGAACGACCGGACCAUGGGUUUGAUGAGUAUGAUCGCCAUUCACGGCGAUAUGAGCGGCCUGAAGGUCCUCCUUAUCCUAGCCGCGACGAUCGCGGCUACGGUCGCGAGCACGAAAGGAGAGGACCGUACGAUCGACCUCUACCGCCUCAAGAAAGAGAUCGUCCGCCUGUUCGCCCCCCACCGAGUGAACGUGAGCGAGAGACGCGGGAGCCCGGCCCAAGAUCAAGACCACCACUUGCUCCAGAGCCUGCAAGGCCGGAAUCACAGGUUCCUCAGAGGAAAGAGACCCCUUCAGAGCCCACUAUCAACCCUGCACGAGCAUCAUUAAUAGGAAGUGGCGGGGAUCAGAGAACUCCUCCUGCAAGGGGGCAUGGACUGGAUAGAUCAUCAAGACAGUCCCGGCCAAACUCGCCGCGAAGAGAUGAGGAACGAAAACCAUACCCCCGUCGCGACGCCGAAGAGUGGACCAGGCCAGAGACCCCCUCUGCGCGUCAGCCCUCCUUGAAUGGGCCUCCGUUGGAGCCAGCUGCUUCCACUUCACGUUCUGGUGGGCCCGGGCCGUACAGGAGAGAGCCGAGAGAGGCUCGUCAACCGCCAGCGAUUGACAUGCAGCAUGGUAGGCUCGAGCAAGAGGCCUCCCCCCGAGCAUCGCUGUCACAAACCCCGGAUCGCCCUCAGGAGGCUGAUGUUCCGAGUGGCCCUCGGGGCCGACCACCUUCGGCAGGGGCGCCAAGAAUGAGAGCUCCUCUGUUGAAUACACAAGUUCCGCCCACACCGCCUCCGGACCGACCCACUCCCACAGGGCCUUCAAGACGACAACAUGGACGAACCAGCUCAUAUGCCGAGGCAUCCUCCGCACCAGGUACUCCUGCUCCAGAUUCGGCAGGUGUCCAUCCCUCUCGCCUUAGUCAGAUUGAUGCUGCGGCAUCUGAGCCUUCGCGCCCGGGUCCGAACGUGCAACCUACACAGCAGGUUCAUCCACCGGCAGGUCCUCGAGGCAAUGCUCCACCUGGAGCUCCAUCUGGACCAUCGCCUACCAGCCGAGGACCCCCAUCCGGCCCACAAGCAAGUGACACGAGCGUGCGUGGAGGGCGGACCAAUCGUAAUCCGCUCACGGGCAUCAACAACACCCUUGCGCAGGCCGGCACAUCUUCAGUCCGUGGACGAGGCGGCUCGAGACAAAACAGUGGAAACUUUGGUCUACACAUGCCUCCGCCACCACCUCCACCCCCACCAGGUGGUCCUCUUUUCUCGGGCCACGGUCCCGGUCCAGAUGGACAUCCUCCCAACGACCUCUUUGGCUCUUCAAAUCCCAAUGACGUACCGGUUGGCAGUAGACAGCUUCCGUCACGCCACGAUGGUGGUAGGGGAGAUCGGAGAAAUGAAUUGGCAGAGGAUCGUGGAUCUGAGAGGAGAUCUUCGCGGCACUCGAGUCGGCACGAUGAAUCACGCGGAGACAGGGAGCACCGAAGUGAGCGAGACGGGCGUGAAGGCAAGGAUGAAAGACACAGUGCGGGAGAUCCACAAAGGCGGGAAGAGCGACCUAGUAGGCGCGAUAACCACGUGGCCGAGGGAGAUGACAGGAGAGGAGGUCAUGCGCGAUCGGGCCCUAGGGAUGAGACAGCGUCUUCAAGGAAGCACGGCCGUGAUGAAGAGCCGACUCCAUAUGGCAGGGGUCAUGGCUCCGGUGGUGGUGGUGGGAGAGGAGGUGACAAGCGCAUGCGACGCGGCCUUUGA